UCCAAGCGGCUCCCAGUUUCCAGAGUGUCGUCGCCGUACGUUUCGGUUGCGGUGUGCAAACGGUGACCACGACCAUCGAAUAGUGUUGAAAGUUUGUCACAAGUGCUACGUAACGUUUUGGUGGUGAUCUUUUAAGACGCACCACUUGGACGAGAGGCGUCGAGGCCACUGGAAACCCUGCCAGGAUUACGGUGACAACUCAGCAAAUCCGGCUAAAACGCACUACACGCACCACAAUGGACAACGAAUUCGCGGUUCACAGCAAUUGUACCAGCCCGGCCAGCUACCAGCAAUACACCUGGGCGCUAACAGACAAGCUGCGAAAGACGGCCAAAUCGGAGCUGCGCGAAGAUGAACAACUGCGAUCGCAAGGCCUGGCACAGAUGCGAGAGUUCAUCGCCAAAAGUCCACACAUCAAGCGGUGCCGUACCGACGCACUGUUUCUGCUGCGGUUUCUCCGCACCAAGAAGUACUCGAUACCGCAGGCGUGCGCCAUGUUGGAGAAGUACCUCACGGUGCGUCAGACCAUCCCGGCCUGGUUCUACCGGUUGGACAUUGAGGAUCCAGAAAUUGAAGCAAUCAUCGACGGAGGCUACAUUGUGCCGUUGCCGGAGCGUGACGAUCAUGGCCGACAGGUGAUAUUGUCCGUUGCGGGAAAUCUUGAUCUAAGCCGCGUGUCUUCCACCCUACUGGCACGGGUGCACUUCCUCGUGCAGGAGGUACUGGCCGACGAUGAGCCGUCACAAAUUUGCGGCUACGUGCACUGUGUGGAUGAGCGCGAGCUGUCGAUGAAAUUGAUGGGCAUGUGGUCCCUGGUGGAUAUCAAGAAAGUUGCAGAUUGCAUACAGAACGGGAUACCGAAUCGCAUCAAUGGAUUUAAUCUGAUCGGUCUCCCGUCCACGGCUGCUACGCUGCUCGAUUUCUGCGUUUCACUGUUGAGUGAUAAGCUUCGUAAGCGAAUCAACCUUUUUCGCACCGUGGAAGACGUUGCCGGCAAGAUAAACCGCAAGAUUCUGCCGAAGGAAUACGGCGGCACCGUACCGAUGGCGGACAUGAUCGCACAGUUUAAGGAGCGAUGUCGCCAGAAGAGGGCCCAGCUGCUGGCGAUGGAUGAUAUGUGCAUCGAGCUGUCCAAGGUCCCAGGACACUGUGCGGAUUCGUGCCGGCGGGAUCUGGAUGCCGGCAUGAUUGGAAGUUUCCGCAAGCUGGAGGUCGAUUAAGGACGGGACGGCAUAACAGUAGACAUUAAGAAGAAUGUAUCAUAUUUCCAUACUACAACUAUGCUUACUAGUGAUAAGAUGACACAACCGAUCGCAGAAGGAUGGAACGAAUGGAUUCUAUUAGACAUGGGAACACUAUUGGUGGUAUACAUACAAUAUAUCUAAUCGCGUAUUCAUGGAUUGCCACAAAUUCGAUUGUUCUAUAUACGCUUCAAUACCGUAGCCCGUUUUACGAUUAGCGCCAGCGACGCGUUGGAACCGUAAGGAAAUGUUAUGCAACGGCACCAGAACCGAACUCGAGGCAAGUGCCGAAGCAACGCCUUUAACGCUCCAUUUUCUUACUUCAACUUCAAACUGUGAUUUUGUAUUAUUAUUUCAUGCUCGUUUCUCGUAAACGGUCAUUUUGGACAGGUUUUGUCAUCAUCAAAAUUGUAUCUAGCCCUGUUUUACUGCCCGUGUGGUCACAUUGUUGUCACUGCAACGGUUUAAAGACUCCAUAUCGAAACGCCCUAGAAAGAGACAGAGGCGCACAGAAGCAAGAUUGCGAUUGCGUAACACCGUAACAAUCCUAAUUGCUAUCAAAAAGCACACGACACAGCACGUAACCGGUGCAGCGGGACAGGAAGAUGUACGUUACUUUAAAUCAUAAUCAAAAUACGAAUAAAAUGGAUGGUGAAAAAGAAACUAACCCAACAC